UUUCUUCAAACUCAUUUGUAGUAUAAGAUAAGAUAUUUCUGUUAUAUCAUAUAAUAAUUUUUUUAGCUCAAGGUACAUAUAUAUAUCAUAUGAAUUUAUAUAAUAUUAAACAUCUGCAGAACAACAAUUAAAACAACAUCACUGAGAAAAACAGCAACAAAAUUAAGAUGGGAACUGGUGCUCAAAGCUCUUCAGAAGUAUAUACAAGUGAUAGUGAAAAGGGUUUUGCAAUCAAUCACUCUAGUAGUACUCCACAAGACUUAGAUGCAGGAGCAAAGUUUGUUCUUGUAUCUCGAGGAUCAUGGUUGCACUGUGGAUAUCAUUUGACAACAUCAAUUGUGGGACCAGUGAUUCUAACACUUCCAUUCUCUUUUACUCUUUUGGGUUGGUUUGGAGGAGUGGUUUGGUUGAUCCUUGCAGGACUUAUCACAUUCUAUUCAUACAAUCUUUUAUCUCUUGUCUUAGAACAUCAUGCUCACCUUGGCCGCCGCCAGCUUAGAUUCAGAGAUAUGGCUAGAGAUAUUUUAGGACCUGGAUGGGCAAAAUACUAUGUAGGUCCUCUUCAGUUUAUCAUAUGCUUUGGGACGGUAAUUGGUGGUCCUCUUGUAGGAGGAAAAAGCCUCAAGUUCAUUUACCAACUCUACCAUCCAGAAGGGUCAAUGAAGCUUUACCAAUUUAUUAUCAUAUGUGGAGUUGUAACGAUGCUUUUGGCUCAACUUCCAUCUUUUCAUUCCUUAAGGCACAUUAAUCUCAUUUCUUUGAUUCUAUGUGUGACUUAUGCAACAUGUCUAACAAUCGGUUCGAUAUACGUUGGUCACUUGAAAGACGCGCCGCCUCGACAUUAUUCUGUACAAGGUUCUGAUACAGAUAAGCUAUUUGGUGUCUUCAAUGGUAUUUCAAUCAUUGCUACCACAUAUGCUAGCGGGAUUAUUCCAGAGAUACAGGCAACUUUGGCACCACCUGUGAAGGGAAAAAUGUUGAAAGGACUAUGUGUGUGUUAUUCUGUUAUAGUUGCUACCUAUUUCAGUGUUGCCAUCUCUGGUUAUUGGGCCUUUGGCAAUGCAGCUGGUGCAACAGUUCUUCAAAAUUACAUUGGGAAGACAAAGCUUUUGCUUCCCAAAUGGUUUUUCUUGAUGACAAACAUACUCAUCCUUCUGCAAGUGUUUGGACUGACAGCGGUAUAUCUGCAACCAACAAAUGAAUUAUUUGAAACUAUAUUUGGAGAUCCAAACAAAGGACAGUUUUCCAUGAGAAAUGUAGUGCCAAGGGUGCUCUCUAGGUCAAUAUCAGUGGCAGCAGCCACAGUUUUUGCAGCUAUGUUACCAUUCUUUCCAGAUAUAAUGGCAUUGUUUGGAGCAUUUGCAUUCAUACCUCUUGAUUUUAUAUUGCCAAUGGUAUUUUUCAAUAUAACUUUCAAGCCCUCAAAACAAAGCAUAAUCUUUUGGGUGAAUACAUUGAUUGGAGGAGGAUCCUCAAUUUUAGUUGUGAUAGGGGGAAUAGCAUCAAUUAGACAAAUAGUUCUUGAUGCCAAAACAUAUAGUUUAUUUUCUGAUUCCUGAUAUGUAAAAAUCAUUAUGGCAAUAUAGUGAGAAGCAAUACACAUUUCAUUUAUGAGUUUCCUUCC